AUGCUGUUUUGUCCAAAUUGUGCCAAUCUCUUAUUAAUUGAAAAUGACGGUGGACAGGCCUUUUAUUGUCAGUCUUGUCCUUAUGUCUACAGUAUACAGAGCAGACAUACAACUCGAAAGCAAUUAAAACGAAAAGAAGUAGACGAUGUUCUCGGCGGUGCUGAUGCUUGGAAGAAUGUGGAUACAACAGAAGUCACCUGUCCCAAAUGUGAACAUGAUAAAGCUUUCUUUAUGCUCAUUCAAAUUCGUUCUGCAGAUGAACCUUCUUCCAUUUUCUAUAAAUGCUGUAACGAUGAUUGUCAGCACCAGUGGCGUGAAGGAUAA